AUGGCUGAGCCCCUCGUCUUCGAGAGUCCUCUGGCAGACUAUUUGGACGCUCAUCAAAUCGAUGUCGAUCGCCAACGCAUUGGUAUCGCUCGCACCAAAGCGCUGUCUGUCGAUGCAACAACGGAUGCGAGCAGCUAUGAGAGUAGCGAAGCUGGUAUCUCGAGCGUAGCAGUGCGCAGAUGCAAGAUAUCGAGCACAUCCAAUAAAAGCACAAAGGCGCAUCGGCGACGUCAGUCUACAGCCCGACAGCAGACCAGUGCCGAGCCCAUCCUAUGCACAUGCACCGUCGCUCGAUCAGGGCUAGGCUAUGCCUUCGGAUUCAGACCAGAAGAGCUGACAUUCACGCUGGCGCGACCGGGCCGAGCUGUGCCCGAACUACAUCAAUCAAGCUGGUCAUCGCCUUGGCCGCUGAACAGCCGUCCCGCACGGCAAAGAAGUUCCAUCUCUGCUGCAAGCAGAUCGUCAGAGUCAGAGACAAUCGAUCGACUCAGAUAUCUUGUUUCCUCGUCGUCAUUAUUGGCAGACCAACCCGCGACGCUCGCAACGCCUGCCAACAUACCGAAGCGUGUCGACAGGCCAGCGCCGUCUUCUGCAAGCUCUCGAAGUGUACUACACCUUACUGGCCUGAUCGUUCCAGCGAUGGCUAACCUGCCGUUUGCGAGGCCGCUUACCGAGCCGCGCGCAUCUGCCUUGCUGCUCAUCAUCACACUCGCUAUACUUUACGCGCUCGAUCGCCUCUUCUUACUCUUUCGAAGCUCCGCUGUCGAUCCCAUCACCCCUGAAAGCCUGCAGAGCUCGCUCGUUGAUCGACUGACGAGCCUACUUGACGAAUCUGAGCAGCUCGAUGUUAUCAUCGGACGAGUGACGAGGCGGAUCAAGGAGCGAGAGUGCAUAGACCUAGGCUUUCGGUUAUCAGACACGUUGCCGCCCAUUUCGCGCGUAGAGGCUUCGCGAGCCACACGACUGAGGGCUGAGGCCGUCCGCGAUGCGCUGUCCAGUGCCAUCGCCCGCACGCGAACUUCGUACGCCUCCGCUGCUUCUUCGCUACAACAAGUGGUCAAUCAAGAUAUCCUCACACCUUUGCUCGACAUGUUUGUCGCCGAGCCAUCCGUAGCUCUCCCGCGCUAUCGCUCGAUCUCGCCUACCAUCUCGCCACCGCUUUCACCGCCUUUGGCGACAUUGCCGCUCGAUUCGUCAUCCGGAACGAGUGAGACUGUCCAAUCGCAGCUCGAUCCGGAACUGCGGCGCACAGUGAUGGCCGAAGGCAGCGACACGAGUUUGACGAGCGAGCCUGGCGGCGAGCAUGCUAUAAAAGCUAGACAGAGAUCGCAUCGUCAGAGUCUGACUGUGCCGCUUCUGCCCGAGCAACGGAAGCGGCGAGGUAGAGGUUCAUUGACACCAUAUAGCAGCGAUGCAUCUGGCGAAGGUUCGACGUCUGAGAUCUGGGCGGCAAAGCGGCGCUCGCUGUCGCAUGCGCCAAUGGCACAGGAAGUCUACGCUGCACAGACACAGCUCAACAGUCCGAGAUCUCUCGACAAUCUUUUGACAAGUCACAGAGCUAUGCAUAAUGAGCGCAAGCGUCUUCUGUGCCAUCUGCUGUCGGUUGAGACGCCAGAAGGAGAGAUCGAGUACGAUGCUUUGUCGUUCUGGGCUUCGCUCGAUGCCUCGCUGGCCAGUGUACUCAGGACGAUCCGGGAAGCGCACGCGAGUCUGUCGAGGACUGCAGAUACUUGCUUUGGCGCAGAUUCGGUGCAGCACAAGCAUGCUUCGCUGCCCCUCGAUACGUUGACGAGUACGAACAAUCAUAGCUUCGCGCCUGCUAUGUCUCCCUUGCAGCUCCGCCAGGCGCAGCUUACCGCUUAUCUCAAGAGUACCCAUGACGUCUUGACCGCUUGUAAUGCACUCGGUGCAGCUCUCAGCAACACGGCGGAGGAUGUACAGCGCAUGCUUGCUGCUGAUCCACCCCGAGACGAAGCGCUCGGCGCCCAAUUGAUCUCGCAGCAUGAUCGUGCUCAAGAGCAACUUUAUGCCGCACACAAGCAUUAUCAGGACACCCGACUGAUGCUACGUCAGCUCUUUAUCUUGCCCUCCUCAGCGAAUCAACGAUUCUCGGGAGCCUCACCCUCGCCAGUACCAGAAGCGCUCGAGAUUGAAAUCGAUGAGGCGACACCCCAGAAACUAUCACCCGAACCGGAUCUUCCUGGAUCACCAGCAGAGACCAAUGGGCUUCAGCUGUUGGUGGAGAGUGACGCGGUCAUUGACCUCAUCUCGCUACCCGAGGACGUUUUCGAAGGCGAAGAGGCUAGCGAGCCAAAUCGGCGGCCAGCAAUGUCACGCGCAGAGCGGAUAGCGCUCGCGAAAGAGAUAAGGGGCAGAUCAGAGCCUCCAGCUCCUCCUGCAGCAGAUGUGGCCAUGCUGAGCGAGCUCAAGGAUGUCAUUGGCGCAAUAAAGAGUCGCAAAUCUGUUGUAUAA